UUGUGUAGAGCGCAAUAAUGGACUGACAGAUCCGAGGAGACUACGCUAUACUUAUUCUACCAUGGUUUGGCCAAGAAUUCAGUUCAGUUACUCGCGUCGAGCUGAAAAAUUAGCCACGGAGCUCCGCUAAAUUGCAGUAAAUACUAUAUCUAACGAUUUCGAUUGCUUCGCGGCGUGGGCGUCUGCUUCUUCCCCCUCGCGUCUCGUAUUUUCCGUUUCACUCUAACAACGCCGGCAGUUGCACUUGGUCUGUGUUUGUGUGCGUCAGCGCGUGUGUGUGAGGUUUUCUGAAAGAAUGUGAAAUCAUAAUAAAGUCGCGAAUUGUUGUUGCUAUUGGUCGUAAUUAGCCAUUAUUAACACACAUGUGUGUGUUUCAAGCUUAUUUGUGUGUGAACAAAAUCAAGGAUACCGCUUUAGCUUAAAUAAAUGCAGUCCUGAUGGCAGGAUCAAGGUAAAAUGGAAACAUUUGGGAUCUAUUGUAUGAAUGAACCAAUGUUGAAGAAGAAGAAGCCCCAGCAGCAACAACAAAACGGCAGCUAGGAGAGCGAAAGAGAGCGAAGGCAAACAAACGAAAACACAACAAAAAAAGAACAAAAGUAAUUUGCAUCGGCUGUUAGUGGAGCAGCCCCGACAUCAGACCCAGCCCCGCAUCCAGCCUCGAAAACAGUAGCACUUGCAGUUGCAGUUGCAGCCACCACAAUCCUCGCAGUUCCUUGCACCCACCAACAACUCCCACAUCCACAUUCACAGACGAAAUGGUGAUAAGCAGCAAGCCCGAUGCCACGGCGCCCAAUGGAGCGGCAGGAGGAGCGGUGGGAGCCACGGCAGCGGCACAGGCAGCCGCCCCUGGCGGACUCGACGCCACCGGGAACAGCCUGGCGCAUCCCUCCGGGAUUCCGCAGGAUCAAAUAGACAAUAUCAUGAGCGGCAUCGCCAACACGGGCGACGUCAAAAUGAACAAUCAUCGCAAGAAGCUGCGACAAAGAUUUGAUAUUAUUAAGAAACUAGGACAAGGCACCUAUGGCAAGGUGCAGUUAGGUAUUAAUAAGGAAACCGGCCAGGAGGUGGCCAUCAAAACCAUCAAGAAAUGCAAAAUCGAGGCCGAGGCUGAUUUGGUGCGCAUUCGGCGCGAGGUGCAGAUCAUGAGUUCAGUGCAUCAUCCCAACAUCAUCCACAUCUACGAAGUAUUUGAAAACCGUGAGAAAAUGGUGCUGGUUAUGGAGUUCGCCGCUGGCGGGGAGCUCUACGACUACCUUUCCGAAAGGAAGGUCCUCGCGGAGGAGGAGGCGCGAAGAAUCUUCCGCCAGGUCGCCACCGCCGUUUACUACUGUCACAAGCACAAGAUCUGCCAUCGAGAUCUCAAGCUGGAGAACAUCCUGCUGGACGAGAAGGGAAAUGCAAAGAUUGCUGAUUUUGGCCUGUCGAAUGUGUUUGAUGACCAGCGCCUGCUGGGCACCUUCUGCGGAUCGCCACUCUAUGCCUCGCCAGAAAUCGUAGAGGGAACUCCGUACCAGGGACCCGAGGUGGAUUGCUGGUCGCUGGGCGUGCUGCUCUACACUUUGGUCUACGGUUCCAUGCCCUUCGACGGAUCGAACUUCAAGCGGCUGGUGAAGCAGAUCAGCCAGGGUGAUUACUACGAGCCGAGGAAACCCUCGAGGGCAUCCACUUUGAUCCGCGACAUGUUGACCGUGUGUCCAAGGAAGCGAGCAAGCAUCGAGCAGAUCUGCUCGCACUGGUGGGUGAACGAGAACGACAACGUGUCCUGCUUGGACUUGGCCGAGGAUCUGGCCAACCAGACGCCAGUGCGAUUGGAUGUCCUGCUCUCACUCACUCCUGCCACAAUCACGGCGGACCAGUUGGUGGUGCCAUCGGCGGAGGGAGCAGCUGCUGCCAAGGCGGCGGCCAAUGAACGCGUUCCUCGCUCCCAUUCGGUUGGAUCGAUCCGGGACAUGGGUCCACCCAACACGGAGGCCGAGCGCCGCAUCCUGGACAUGGUGGCCGCCGGCGGAGAAGCCGCUCUGAUGCCCUCACCCACCAGGACCAUUACUCCCGCCCAGAGUCCGGUGCAGACGAAGAGGAAGCUGCAGCCCACUGUUUCCACGGAGAAUGCAGCCGGAACGACGGCCAAAAAGAAGGAGAAGCCGGCGAAUAGCUCGUUUGUGAUCAGCAAGGAUGGCGCGCCACUGACUGAGGCACCACCCACUAUCGUUGAACCCCCCACCACCCUCAUGGAGGCGGAGACAAUUGCCAACAUGCCGGAGGAAGUGCCGGUGCCCAGUUACUCCCAGAAAGACAUGCAAAUGGUGGGCGAUCUCUGCGAACAGCUGAUGGGCGAUGCACCCAAUAGUACUGCACCGCCAGCGGCAGCUGCACCACCUGCACCCACUCCGGUGGCGCGGCAGGCAACGCGGGGCAAACUGGAUGCUGUGGUGGAGACGCCGGAGGAGAAGGAUGCCACCAAGGUGAUCAAGAAGUUUGUGAACAAGCACAAGACCGCCGAUCUGGUGAAUGCCAUCAACGAAAGUGCCACCAAGGCGGCGGCUCCAGUGGGUCCACCUGCUCCUCCCCCGUUCGUGAGGAAGUGCAGCUUGCAGGAUGAGUCCACGCUGAAUAAAUUCAAUGCCGAACGGCGGAAAUCACGCAUCCUGGAAACAGCGGAGAAGUUCCAACCUCCACCACCGGUGGCUGCAUCAGCAGCUCCGGAAAAGCCCAAGAAACUGAGUAUACCUGGUGUCAGUGUGGGCAGCUUUAAGAAGGAGUUCGAGAAGAAGGCCACCAAUCCUCCGGUGGCGGAAGGACCCACUCCCGGUGAACUGAGGGCUCAGGAACAGGUGGCAGCUGCAGCGGCUGCAGCUCAGGAAACCGAGGCUUUGGGCACACCACCUGCCUCACCAGUGGUUGCCCAAUCUCUGGAGGGCAGCGAUUCCAAGAACUCGGUGGCAUCCAUUUCGCUGGACGAAGCACGUCGCUCCAUGGAGAACUCGAUUGCCCUGCUGCUGCAGGCCCAAAACGAGUCCAGCAAGGAGGUGGAUCAGCUGUGCGCCCAAACGGAAACGAUCGGCGUCAGUGAGCCGGGAAGCCAGCAGGAGCGGGAGCGUAAGUUGAAGAACGCCCGCGCCAUCAUCGGAAAUGCCAUCCAGCCAGUGAUACGCAGGCCAACACCAUUUUAUGGCAUCGGCAAUGGCUUUGGCAGUGGCAUGGUGGGUGGUGGUUCUGGUGCUGGUGCUGGUGGAGUGGGUGGUGCGGCACCCAAGCGAGCCCAGAGUGGCGGCAAUUUCAUGGGCUACAACACGGGAGCAAUGUCGCCGGGAGCAGCAACAUCGCCCCCGAUUGCGGGACCACAGACGGCACCUCCAGUGCUAAUAUCACCGAAUGCCCUGGCUGCGGCCAAGCAAACCAUUCAGCAGAGGAUAUUCGGAGGUGGGUUGCUCCCUGGUCAGAGUAAUCAGGCAGUGAAUCGGAGACCGGCCACGUGGCAACCGCAGGCAUCCUACAGCACGGCCAGCAUAUUCCAACCGCCGCCGAAUGCGAGCAGUCCGUUCAAGAUGCUGCAGCAGCAGUACCAGCAGCGAUGCCAGGAGGACCAAAGGCCGAGUUCCCUGUUCACGCCGCCGCCAUCGCCGCAAUAUGCCGCCAGCCACGCCCUCGCCCUCGCCGCCCAGUCCAACAGCAGUGGCAGCAACAGUGGCAACAGCAACAACUACGGAUUUAACAGUAGCAGCAACAGCAGCAGCAGCGGUACGAGCAACAACCGAGGCAACUGCAACACGAUGCCUAAUCUCAAUUACAAUGUCAAUUCGCGCACGAGACCAUUCAAUCAUAAUCAAGCUCAAGACACACUCAAUACCAAUGCCAGUGCUACAUGUCCCUUGCCUGCGGCUAUGUGGCUCAAAUCCUCACCGGGCGGCGAAGGACCUCCAACUCCGCCGGGAGCGGUGAAGACAUCGACGGCCUCCAUUACCCUGAAAUCGGCGACCCUGCCGCGCCGGAAGAUUAACGCCAAGGCGGAGGUGCAGCUGGACAUCAAGCCGCGGAUCCCGGAACAGGGCGCUCCGCCCCAGCCGGCGAUGCGAUUCAGCACGGAGAUGCAGCAUCCGGUGGCCGAUCUGCGCAGUGCCCCGCCCCGCGAGGGCCCCAUCCCCUACAGCCCCAUCAAGACGACGCUGCAGGCGCGGGCCACGAGCCUGGAGCCCAAGGAGCACGUCAUCACCAUCCAGCGACCGCCCACACAGCACGCCUACGGACGCACCUCCUCCAACACGACCACGCGUUCCGGCUCGCUGUCACGGCAGUCGACGGUGGAAUCCGAGUCGGAUGCCACCACCACGGCCACGAACAUGUCACAGGCCACCAUCACGAGCACCUCGCAGCCCAUCAAGAAGAGUCCGCGGGAGUUUAUCAUCCCGAUUGCCGUCGAGGGAGGUGGCUUCAUCACGCCCAGGGAGCGCAGCGUGGAGCCCUCGGAGUCGAGCCACACCACCAGCAGUCGGUCCACGUUCACCCGCCUGCGUCCAUCGCGUCGCAUUGGCUCAUUGUUAAGCGAGGCAGGCUUCGAGGAGGGCUCGCCGUUCCCCAAGAUGCGCACCACUUCGAUAACCCGCGAGGGCGUCAGCGGAGGCGCUGAGGACGAGGCCCGCUUCACCCCGCACCGUCUCAGAAGCUCAAGGCCUGUCAAGAAAAUUAGUCAAGACAACGAUUCGCAGAGCUCCAACGAGGAGGACGACGAUGACGACGACGGCUUUGAGAUACUCACGGCGGAGAAUCUGUUCUCGACUUUGCUGCAGCGGGUGCGGGCCCUAACGAAUCGCCUGAAUGUCAACAGUGACCUGACGGUCGGAUUCCCCAGCCAUUCUAGUCGCCUGCUCACGGACAUUUCGCGACAGGCCCAAAGUCACAGUCCAUUCUGGAGCCAGGGCAGUCCCUUUGCCAGUGUGCUUAGAUCUCAAGUUAGUUAUACCUAUAGCGAAACGGUCGAGAAGAAGAAAGUCCGGCUGAACAGCAGCAACACCAGCGGACUGGGAGCUCCUUGGCGGCACAGCAUGUCCAGGGAUCUGGGCAGCGACAUGGAAUCGAUGUUCUCGCGCACGGGGGCCACGCUGCCAAGAGGACAUCAUCAGGGAAAGAACAAACCAAGCUCAGCUCCUGCCCAAGUAGAAAAGGGUUGCGCCAAGGAAACUGCGGCUUCGAAUACCGAAGAACCUUUGGAUCUGGCCGAUCUGGAUCUUUCGAGGCUGAGACUUAGCAAAAAGGAUUUGGAAACCUUGUCGAGCAUAACUCCUGGAUUGCCCAAGUGUUUUCAGGAGCAACUCCUAGCCAAGUUGCCUCCCACUCAGGCUCGCAAAUUAUCCCGCACUCUGAGUGUUCAGACCAGUGCUCCCAGCAGUUCAUCCACUCCGAAGGUCUACAAACGCAGCCAGAGCGGCGGAAGGGGCUACCAGCCGGAGCAGCAGGAGGAAUUGCCCGACUUCAAGCCAAAAACUCUAACAGAUGCACCCAAGACAACCUCCGCUAGUACGGCAAUUUACCGGAGAAGUCUGAGUCGCAGUCAAGCGACACCCACUCAAAAUGCUGGUCAGGAUGCCGAGAGUCGGGCCACACAGACCACGAAGAGCCGCAGCAGCAGCGUGUGCAGAGAUGACUAUGGCAAAUCCUCCCUCUGCAGCAGUAGCACCUACACCAGCGACAUCAGCGAGAAGUACAAGUACUACUCUCCCUAUCUGAGCAAAUCUAGCAACGUGAGUCCUUCGAUGACCUCAAAGGAUGCGCUGGAGAAGCGUUACAGUGGCGGUCUGGGUCGUCCGCCAAGUGGUUGUCUCUCGCCUCCACCGCAACUGCCACAAGUUGCUGCCACGGAGGGCACAAGUUCCCUGCGAGUUGGACGCUCUUCGCAGCGUAGAAUUUCCCGCUUUUUGCGUCCCGACUUCUUCGAUGAACCCAGGGAUCGGGAAACCCAAAGCAUGCUGAGGGAAAUAAGGGAGAAGUCCAUCGAUCGGCAGGAUCAGGAGCAGUCGCAGGAUCUAAGACGUCGCAAGCAUAGUUUACCCAAUGUAGAGCACGUCGAUCAACCCAUAGAAGCCACACCCAUUAGAUCCUCCAUGCGGCAUUCUCGCAACAAGAGCAUGGAAUUGUUCACGGAUGCCGAAUCCAAUGGUCAGGUUCAGGAACCCAUCAAAACUUCUUCAGCCAGGCAGCGAAGUGUUUCGAGAGCUCGGGAACUGGAAACGGAACUCGACAAACACGAACUGGCGGACAAGAUACUCCAGGAGUUGCAACUCCUAUCUGCUGUGAGAACCCAACAUGAACAGGGUCAGGAGUCGGAGAAAACAGAAGAGACUUCCACCAUUAAAAAGGUUAGGAAAUUGAAACCAAAGGAAUCCACAGGAAUCAUCGAGCCAGAGGCAAGCAAAAUUUCUUCCACUUCUACCUCAACUACAACCACUUUGGUGAGGAAGGUCAAGAAGAUCUCCAAGAAGACAGAUGAAACGAGUAAAAUAACUGGAUUGGAGAGUACGGAACUGAGUAGCUCUGUUCCCAAGGAAACCAAGCUGAAGCGACCCAAAUCCUAUCCCAUGAAAGAUCUUGGCUUGAGUCUUAAAUCCUCCACAGAUCUUCCAGAACCGACUGCUUCUCUACUGCCCAGCAAGUUACCCAGUAAACUACCUUCAGGGAUGAACAAUGAAUCUGGAGGAGAGCCCGCUCCUCGAGAAAGUCGCCUGAUGAGACCCAAAAGCUAUCCGGCCACCAAGUUGGCCACUCCGAAGGAGCUGCGUAAAGUAACCCGCAGUGGGGUGGCCAUUCCCACCAUAACAGAAGCUACUCCGGCUCCCACAGCUAUGCCCACACCCACUAGUUCCAAGUCCACUUCCGAAGAGAAAUCCCUAUCGGCUACUCCAACUGGAACCAUGACCACUGUGACGGAUGCCAAGGACACGGGCUCCUCCUCCAGCGAUUCCCGACCCACAACCAUCAAGAAGAUCAUUAAGGUGUCAAAGAAAUCUAAGUUAAUGCCACCUACUCCACUCACACCCACCACUUCAACCACAACUGCAACCACCACUGCAAAUACCACACCUGUAGACAGUUCCAAGGAGUCGAGUCCGGUGAUCAAGGCCAAGGAGAAGUCGCCGGAGAAGAAACCCAGCAAGGGAUUGCUCUACGCCUUGGGACAGAAGUUCGAGAAGCUGCGCGAUUCGGCGAUGAGCAAGGAGAAGAAGGCGGGAGCAGCUGGAGCGGCUGCAUCGCUGGCCUGCACCCAAAAGCAGGGAUCUCCCGAGGAACGUAGCUCCCCGGAGAAAUACAAGAAGAAGGUAUUGGAAACGGAUAAAUCCCUGGAACUGGGAGCCCCAGAAGACAAGCGAGUGGAUAAGCGAUCCCGUUUCGAUAGUGUCUUGCGCUCCCUUAGGGAGAGAUCCGUGCCCAGAUCGCAACCCAAUGGUCGGGUAAGUCCGAAGAGAGCAGCCAGCGUGGAGGAACUGCACGCGGGAUCCCAGGAAGGCCAGGGAAAAUCAGGUGGAGCGGUGAACAAAAUGUUUGGUGGCUUCCUGCGACGCUUCGACAGGGAAAGCAGUGAACAGCGCCGCGUGAGGAGCACACGAUCCACCAGCAACAUUGAGCGACAGGUGCGCGAGGAGCAGGAUCAGAAGCUGGAUGCCUCGCUGCCCACAUCGCCCAUCUACCAGAAUGUGGUGAAGGCCACCAAGGUGCAGGCCAAUCCAAAGCCGGGCGGCGAGGAGAACUGCAAUUGUGAGACGGCCUGUCCGGAUUGCAGGCAGAACAAAGGACAAACCCUGACCACCAGCAAUGCCCCAGCGAGCACAACCACCACCAGCAACAAGGAGAAGAGGAAGGGUCUGAUGCUGGAUCUGGCCAGUGCCAAUGCAACGGGCAGUGGAGCCUCCAGUGCGGUGACCACGGCCACCACAACCACCUCUAGUGGCAGCAGAUACAGGGGAUCCAAGACCAAUCCGGCUUUGCUCAAUGGCAAUGGAGGAUUGGGCAUGGGCCUCUACUCGAAUCUACCGCCCUAUCCGGGAGCCAUCAAGAGUGAGAGUUCCAGCCAGCAGUCCAUGGAGAAUGCCACCAAUAACAAUUCGACCAACACGAACAACAACUGCAGUUCACAAACCUCGGGUUAUAGGACCUCAUCCGCACACGAGAUCAACAGGAAUAAUCCCCUGCUGACGCCCUCCUUCGAGAACAUUGCCAACUACUCCUCGGAUUCGCGGAGCUACCAGGAUGACUGCGCCUCCACCUCGACGUUCCUCUCGCCCACCGAAGAGCCGGAGUUGUACUUCGACAACUGGUCCAUUUGCUCCGAGGACAACUACAUGCUGCAUGCCACGCCCUCGCCAACGGUGUCCCGCUUGUCCAGAGCCUCCUUAUCCUCGCCCACCCGCUGCUCCGAGAGCUCCGAUCCCAACGAGAGUGUGAUCGACCGGAUCAAGCGGCGCAGCUUCUACAGCCGCUUCAAUGAGCAGAAGAAACCGCGACGCACGAGCAGCAUUGUGGGUCCUUCGGCGGUCAGGGAUUACUAUCGGGAGCAGCAGGCGGCGGUUAAGGCGCGCUCUAGCCACAAGUUGCAUGCAGCAGAGUUGGAUCCACCGCCGAGAGCUCAUUCGCCGGAUAUUGCGCAGCAGUUCUUCAGGCCACUGAAACUGAGUCCCGUGGGAACGGAACUCAAGCCUCCGGUUUACCGCUCCACCCUUGAUUACUCCUCAUCUUCAGCGGGAGCCACCAGCAAACCUAGGAAAAGUUUAAACGACAUUAGGAAUACCUCGCCAUCGUUCCUCAGCAAAAGAUACGAGACAACGGACUACAGUUCCGUGCCGAUGAGGUACAAGAGCUCCUCCAGUUCGAGUCCGAGUAAUGGCGCCAUCGCCAGUGGUUAUUACAACACGUACAAUCCAAAACGAAGGUCAUCCUAUACGCUCAAUGGCAGUCUGCCCACUGCCACGAGCGGAAGCAGUGCAGCAGGAAGCAGCCACCUGGACGGAUAUGCCACCCUGGGCAGGAGAUCCAUCCGACCGUACGAUCAUCGAACGAUGUCCCUGCUGGAACCACCAACAUCGAGCAGCAGUCGAAUCGGUGAGGGAACUUCCUAUCAGAGGAGAGAGGCAAGGACACCGGUCAGGGAUUACACCUCCAGCAUUUCACGCUCCGGAUCGCGUUAUCGCACUUCUUCGGCCACUCGCAGUCCGACAAACAUUUGAUGUACCACACCGCAGAAUGGCUUCUGCAUCUUUUGCUACUACUCCAAACGGAAGAAGGCGACUUCCGCACAUGGCAUCGGAAACGCAAUCGGAAUCGGAAACGGACAUGGACAUGGCCAGGCCAUGGGCACGCCCCCGAACACCACCGCCUCCUCGUCGUCCUCGCGUGCCAGCAGUGGCGGCGCCAAGAAGCAACAGCCGCAGCUGCACCCGGCACCCAACCAAAGCCAUCAUCAGCAGCACCACAACGAGCAGCACAAGUUCUAGACUGGCUUUCCCCCAUUCGAUCCGAUCCCAGAUCCCAAGAAUAACUAUAUACCGAAUACCAAUCACCACUUAGGCUUAGAGAUUUUUGAUAAUUUUUUGUAUGGAACUUAGCCAAAGUUAUACUCUAGUGCAGAACUUUUGGAAGCUGCCCCUUAGCCGUAGGUUUGUUGUAGUUCGGAUUUAGCGGAGUUUCAGCCAUAGAUCGUGACUCAAUAAUACGAUUUUCAAAUGAUUGUGCCUUGGUUCCUUCGGCGGUUUUAGAUUUAGCCAAUAGCCAUAAAACGUUGAUUUUAAUCUGUAAGUUUGUAAGCGGAACUGAAGCGAAAGCUCAAAACGGAAACGGAAAUAGAAAAGGAAAGUAAAAGCGGAGGAGAGAAGACAGGAAAGGAAAGUAAAAGAAGGGGAAAGUGUUUCACAAUAUAUGUAUAUGUAUUUUCUAUGCUAUUUUUGUGAGGAAACCUCGCGCCGAAAAUGCGUUAAAAUUUCUAUGAAAUAAUUUUUAAAACAGUUUUUUUGCAUUAAACAGAACUGACGAUGGAUUGUUUUCGAGAUUUGAAUAGAGUUUAAUAUAAUAGUGACCACUAUUUCGUUUGCUAGGUCUAUUGAUGUUAUUGCAAAAUAAUAGAAAAUAUGCGAAUUGUGAGCGAAACGGAAGAGGGUUAGGCAAAAGUAGCAACAAACAAUAAGCGAAUUUAAAAAGCAAAUUAAGAAAAAACGGAACAAAAAUAAUAAGUAAUUGAUCUAGAGUUUUGGGUAGAUACCGAAUUGGAAGUUCAAAUUGUAAUUAGAGCGUGAGUACGAAAGCGUUUUCUAAAAAUAAAUAAAAAACGAAUCACCAA